UCCUAAAUUUAAAGUUAAAUAAGUUUAAAAACAUAUCAGUGUCUCGAAUGACGUCAGUGCAAAUCCUUCACGCAUCGAUGACUCUUGUUUUUUCUUUAUAUUGUUUAUCGACCUGAGCGGACAUUCUCGUUACUGAAUGAGUCAUAUCAGUCUCUGUGGGUUCGUGUUUUUUGUGUAUAUUUGUCGAUAUUUUAACACAAAUCUGGAAUAAAUCGGGAAAAUAAGACGAAUUCAUGGCGCAUGAUAUCAAAAGAGUUCAGAAAAGUGCUGACAUUUACAAAGGUCCUCGUACUGUGCUUAUCAAGAAAACUGACACUGGAUUUGGAUUCAAUGUCAGAGGACAAGUCAGUGAAGGAGGUCAACUAAAAAGCAUCAAUGGAGUCCUCUACGCUCCCCUGCAACAUGUCAGUGCAAUAUUAGAAGAUGGAGCGGCAGAGACGGCAGGAGUUCGUCCAGGAGACAGAAUACUAGAAGUGAAUGAGGAAAAUGUGGAAGGUGCAACUCAUCGACAAGUUGUUGAUCUAAUAAAAGCAGGAGGAGAUGAAUUAAAGUUGACUGUGAUAUCUGUUCCGGCUAAAGAUGCUCACAGACUCGAUCCAGAAGAUGAAUUCUUCUACGACUACACUGAUGUUAUCACGAUCAGACUUGAUCUUCCGAGCUUCGAGCAUGUGGAGGAGAACGGAAUGAAAUACGUGGUCUACGUAAUCACUCUCUCAGAGAAAGUCGUAGCGAGACGUCGAUACAGUGAGUUCUUGUCAUUAUACACCGAAUUAGAAAAGAUUUUCACUGAUUUCCAAUUUCCUAAGUUUCCUGGGAAAUGGCCGUUCCAAAUGUCAGAUCAACAGUUGGAAAAACGAAGAAUUUCUCUGCAGAAUUUCAUCAAAAAUACUUUCAACAUCAGAGUGAUCAUGGAAUGUGAUUUAGUCCAAGAUUUCCUGAAUCUUAAUUCAAUAAAUUUGGAUUAUGAGGCCGAGAAGUCGAAGAAAUCUUCGAAAUCAGCUGACGAACCAGAAUUACAUGAAUAUAACGCUGAUGAAGAACUCGGAUCAACGAAAGUUUCACCUCAAAAAGCGGAAGUGGACACAAGGCAACUGAAUGGUGGAGCCAAAUCAAAAUCCAAUUCUACGGAAGAACAAAAACCCUCAGAAAAAGUCACUGAAACCAAAAAACCAGCCAAACCAUCCAUUCCAACGUUAAAACCGAACCAAAUAUCUAUCUCAUUGUUUGAUAAUAGUGACAUCAUAAUGACUAUUGAAAGACAGACAACAGCUAAUGAUGUACUUGAACAUGUCUUUGACAAGUUGGGAAUACCAGAAAACAAAAAAAUAUUUUUCGGCCUUUUUUGUCCGACAAGAGAAAAUUUUUUUGUGAAGCUGAGGACCGAUGACCUUAUAGUGCCAAAGUUGAAAGGUCGUAAGAAGCGGGAAGUAAAAAUCAGGAAGUGGUUAUUUUCACGAAAUCAAGAAAGUGAUGUUUUAUCUGGAGAUUCAAAAAUUUCAGAAUAUGUUUAUCAGCAAGCAAUUGAAGAUGUCAAGCAAGGCCACAUAAAAACAACAGGACGAACCCUCGCUCAGUUGAAGAUGUUGGCGUCACAGAACAAAACUAGUGAUUACAUGGAGAUGGUGUCACAGGCGAAUGAUUAUAACCAUGUGACGUUUCCGCACUGUCCGUGUGACUCUCGAAAGAAAGGUCACGUUAUCGUCGUGGCUUCGUACGAGACUUUCAAAUUGUACGCCUGCUCUGAAGAAGGAGAACUUGAGAAUCAAGUAAUCCAGUUUUCGUGGGAUGAGAUGAAAGAGUGGGAGACCGAGGAGGAGGAGGAGAGUGAGAAUCGAGCAUUCUGUUUCCAAUAUCAACGCGGAGAGAAAAAACCAAGAUGGGUCAAAGUGUUUUCAGAAUAUUGUGAAUACAUGAAAGAUUGUUUUGAGAGAAUUUUAGAAGAAAGAAAAUGGAGCAAAGAGGCUGAGCAAGAGGGUGAUGUAUCAGAGGGAAAUACAUUUUCGAAGCAACAAGUUUCCUCCGCAGAAGCAGAAGAUAAUUCUGAUGAUGACGAUGGAGGACUGUAACUGUGGCUAUCUUAUGAUGCCAUAAUAGCAAUUAUUGGCGACAUCACAAUGACUAUAUAAAUAUUUUAUGAUGUCACAAGUUUAAUAGAAGAUUGUCUUCAGCAAGCCCAAUUUAAGAAAAAUUAGAUUUUUUAUAAAAGUUUACUUUAACCGACAACAAACACGCAUCAGAAAAUUUAUUAAAGCUAUUCAAAAACAAGAAAUUGAUGCUCAAAUAUAUGGACACGUAGUCCAAAGCGGAGUAGCACGAUUAUGCAAUCUGUCACAGCAGACUGCCGGUACAGAAAAGCGGAACUGCUACAAGGCGCGCAAUUUUUUAUGACGUCAUUGCACAAACAAAUCCCAUAAAGCUCACAAAAAUUUUUGAAAUAAAUAAAAGUAAUGGCCAGCACAAAGUACAAUCCUUUGCCAGUGAAAAUUUCAAAGCAAUUGGUCCGGUAGUUAUGAGAAAAGCGAUGUUUUCACAACAAUGAGAAGAAAAAUAUCAACAACAGUAAUUUAUGUUAAAUUUUAUGGAGUAAAUUUUUGCAAAUAAUAUAGUAUUUCUGCUUUUUGUGUCAAUUUAAAUAAUUUUGAAUUGGAUUAAAUUUUAAAACGAAUUUUUUUCCAAACGAUUUCUCUAAAAUUGUGUUUGCUGAGAUAAUCUUCUUCUCUUCACGUGCAAUGAUUUAUUUUUUAUUUUAAUUCCCAAUGUCAUUGAUUAUUAUUGCAUCAUAAUCAUCCUGUUGUGACAUAACAAUUAAUAUAUAUAAAUGAACUUUCACAUAAUCUUGAGUAACCACACAAUAUAUAUAUGACCCCAUGAAAGCUCUAUUCUAUCCACUGAAUCAAAUAAUGUAUCAAAUUUGAGAAGCCUGGUGCUUGGGAAUAAAAUUAGCAAGCGCCUGUGAUGGAGGAACUGAAACAUAGCCAUGAUUUUUCUAACCAGGAAGGGGGGGUUGGUUCUGAGGGUCUGAAAAGUGUUUCAAGGGUCCUGUAUGGUACAGAAUUUUUUUUUUCCACAUUUCAAGAAGGUGGGGGGAGGGGGGGUUCACUACCCCCAACCCCCCUGGCUAUGACCCUGUUUAGGAACCAGUCAUAAAUAGAUUCAGCCUCUGAAUGCCAGUGGAUAUCAUGAAUUUCAAUAAUACUGCCUUAGUUCACAGACCAUAAGGCACACUUAAACGUUUUUUUUUCAAAUUGAUCGUGCGCCUUGUGAGCCGGUGUACCUAAUGUAUGGGUCAGCGCAUACAUUUAAAACCAGUACCGAUACUGCAGUUUUAUAAACGAACCGCUGUUUCAAAUUAUCUUUGACUAAAAUACAAUAACCAUAUAAAGGAUUGAAUUUUUUUUUGUUCAAUGAGCUGUGUACCCAGUACUUCUCAAAAACUGUUGCGUCCUAUAGCCCAAAGCGUGUUCUAAGUCCUAUCUCAGCUAAGCUUUUAAUCUUUUUGGAGUUGCGCCUUCUGGCCCAAAAAAUAAUGAAAAAAAAAAAAAAAUAAUGAAAGCAAUGAACAAAAGUUUUUUGGAUGCCCACGACAUCUUCCAAACGAGAAAAAUCCAUUCUAUACAGGAAUGGUCGCUCUUUCGUGUCAUUGGCCGUUUGAAUACAAAUAAUUUGGGAAAUCUUGUUUAAUAUUUUGUAUAGAAAGCAAUGAACAACUGUUUUUGGAUGCUCACGAUGUUAACCGAAUCGGUGAAAUCUAGUAUUUUAAAAAAUGGUAGCUCUUUUCGAAUCAUUGACCGCUUGAAUACAAAGUACUUUGAAUAUAAGACUUGAUGUCAGAUUUGUAAGAAUCAUGUCCACGGGUCAGCAAAAAAUUUCAUCCACCAAUUAUUUUCUAUUCUCUCAAAAAACAACUUAGAAAUUAUUUGACUUAUUUUAUGGUGAACUCCCAAGGAGUCAAACUUUCAUUUCUGAUCCUGGGGUUUUUUGAAAAUUUUAGUUUCUCAUUUUAUAUGACUUAUUUUGUUCUGAUAAAUUGUAAAAAAUUAUCAAUCCAUUCUGUGGAAUAAAUCCUAUACUGAUACGUACUUUAUUGAUUUUAGCUUGCAAUUAUUGCUUUGUUUAUAUAUUUGUUGCAUUUUCACUUUCAUCUAAAAAACUCUGAACAAAUUAAAAAAAAAAAAAGCAGUUUUGUAAAUACUCGGAGGUUACCACUGAAUAGCUCUGCUACAUCUAAAUAUCCCCCUCCAUGUACUUAACCAACCAGAUUAUUUUGAAAGCUAUGGCAACCCUCUUUGGUCUUCACAGCAUCCUAUGUUGUCCCAUAUCUCAGUUUUUGGGGCUCCCGAAAUAUGCGAACCAAGAUGGCGGACAUCGGAAUGUAAUUUGUGUACUAGGUUAGGGUUAAGCCAUAAUUUUAGGUAUAAAUACUACGGGAGGCUCUUGGCUAGUCUUCGAACUGAUAAUAGGACUAAAAUAAGGAAAAUUGGAAAAAAAUUAUCGCCUAACCCUAACCUGUUACCCAUGUUACGUUCCGAUGUACGCCAUCUUGGUUCGCAUACUUCGGGACCACCCAGUUUUUAGUAGGAAUUCAUAGUGCUAAUCCUGUGAAUAUCCAGAGCAGUGGUUCCUAACCUUUGAUGACUAGGGCUGGGCAUUUGGAAUCGAAUAUUUGAAUCGAAAAGUGAAUUGUUCGAAUCGCCGCCAUCUUAUUUUUUUUCUGUGGUCUAGGACUCUAGGUGAAUUCCAGAUAUAUGACUAUUUUCUGUAGUGAAAUUUUGAUAAAACGUGUUUCUUAUUGUGUGUGAACGCUCAGCAAUCUGUCUGAAUGAUGUAUUCUACGUUUUAAGUAAUUUAUUUAUUGACACGACCAAUUACACUAAAAAGUCGCAUACAAUUAAAUAUAUCCCAAGUAUUUGAGAUUCGAUUCGAAAAAAAUAUUCGAUUCGAUUCUCAUCAGGUAUUCGAAAAUGCCCAGCCCUAUUAAUGAAUGACCCUAUGCCACCUUCAUCGCCCUCCUGUUUAUCAUUCCAGUGGUAUUUAUAGGGGGAUUUUGAUUGGUAGAUUCCAAAUCCCAUUAUGUUCAAACAAUUCAUGCUCAACAAGGUGAAAACACCUUCUGAAAUAAACCUAAUCAAGCAAUGAAACCAGGAAGAACAAGGACUUGCACCUAGUAUUGUGGCCAACCCUCGAACUUCUUUGUGGUCCUCUUUGGGUUACUACAGACUUCUACCUAACAUUGAUAUCUUGAAAGGUUUUAGACUUACUCCAACUGAGAUGAAAACCGACAAUAUGAUUAUUCAUAUUUGAAACCAUAGCCUAUUAUCUGGUAAUUAGGCCAUAUCAGAUGCAUUGCAUUUAGUGAUUGCACUGCUCAGCCAAACUGACUAUUCAGGAACUUAUGGCUUAUCUGUGGUCCUCUGUUUCUUUUAAUCCAAAUAUUCUCUCCAGUUACUCGGUCAAACAGACUAUUUUAAAAGCUAUGACAACGUCUUUGGUCGUUUGCAUCCUAUGUUUUUAGAAAGAUUUCAUGGAAGUCAUAAUCCUGCUGAUAUAUAUAAAAAAGCGCAUUUAUUGUUUCUAUUCACAUUGUUACACGAGCAAGAAUCCUGCUUCGCUACAGAUGAUAUAUCCUGAUUUAUUUUUCAAAAACAAAGCAUCUAAUCCUAUAUAUAUUUUACUCUGUUUUAUGCAUUCUAUGUGUAUCAUCCUAACUCAUGGUGUUCUAUAUUAUUUACUGUCUUUCUAUUGUUGACUAUUUACUCUGAGCCUGCCCAGUAGCGGCUAGCCAGGAAUAUUUCGAAGGGGAUGUCCUACAAUUUCUAAUUGCCAAGUUAAACCAUAACAACUAGAAAGUCCGGUAAAUGUGAGUUUUCAAGAGUCUUGCGGAUCUAAAAAGACCUUUGACCUUCAACUCCUCCUUUCUCUGGCCACACCCUUGCUACCCAGUAUCUUGCUAAAAAGGCUCUUUAUAAUCAUUAAGUAUUCAAAUUCGCCUUCAAAAAAUAUCGCUUCUGAGUUACUGACUUCAGCAAAUAAACUAGAAGAAUUUGGAACUUGGAUCAAUUGGCUUCAAGAAAUGAAACUUUAGAAAAACGUAACUGCCCCGAACAACAGAAUGAACAUUUGAUUGAAAACAGUGGGUGACUGCCCUGUCUUGUUUUGGGUGAAAUGCAGAAAAUCUCAUAAAAAAAUGAUAAUGUGAUAAUGAUUGUAAGUAUUUCGUUGAUGAAAGUGAAUAAUCCUGUAUUUAGGAAGGGGGGGUUAUUAAUAAGUUUGUUUCAUGAUUAAUCCCAUUUACCAGACUAUAUAAGUAUGCCUAUACACAUGUGCAUGACCUGAGUAUAUUUACAUAGCAGGUUUGAUUGACGCUGUUGAAAAAAGGUGUUAGAAAAAAUAGAGUAAAUCUUUGUGCCGAAAACUUUUGAUUUACUAUUCAUCUACAUUUAUAUGCUCUGCAGGCAGAAUUUUUUAAACAAUUCUCACUCGCAAUUAUUUCCCAUUUGUGAAUAAUUCCGCAGUAAUAAGUCCAUUAUUUUGUGUUCCCUUUUGAUUUUUACCUUUGAUUAUGCUUAUUAACCGCUUCUGUGUUAUAUAUUUCAUACAUCGCAGAAUAUUUCAUGUAUAAUUAGUUAUAUAACAAAUGAUUUUUGGUCAAUAAUAUUCUGUCUAUAA